AUGAUUUCGCUCUGGCCAUGGGGGAGAGACGACUCUUCCCCCGCCUCUUUUGAAAAGGCGCUCUCGACUCUUUCGACCAAAAUAACGGUAACCCAAACUCGCCUCGAUCAAUCCCGCGCGAAAGCCAGACGGAUCAAGGUGCUGGGUACGCUUUACAUCGGUUUCGCCUACCUUGUUUAUGCGAUUGUCUUGAUGCUGGUGGUUGGUUACAAGGACAUGGGGGCAUGGGAGUGGACGGGCAUGGCGGGAGGGCCAGUCUUGAUUUCGCUGGUCCGCUCGAUGACGACCAUUUUCUUUGAUUACCGAAUCGAGAGGCUCACUGCGCGCCUCAAGGAGUAUCAGACUGAACGCGCCAAAACCAUCCAGAAACUAAAGGAUGCUACCAAGUACGAUUCGACGCUCGAGCUGCUCGAGAAGUACGGCGGCUCCGACAACAAACAGAAGAAGAGCAAGAAGAAGACGUCCGAGGAGGAGGAAGACGAAGGCGCUGGCGCUGUCAAAGAACAGCCACAACCCAGGCAUCAUGCUCGUACGGGACUGCCGCCCCCGCCCACAGCAAACAUCCAGCGCCGUCCAGAGUCCAGUGCCGGUGCACCUGCACCACACUCUAGGGUGCCAAGUUCAGUAUAUGGAGCACCAAGCCAACGGUCUCCCAGCCCCAUGAUCAGUGAGGCGGCCGAGUUCGCGCCAAAUGCUUUUGAAGGGAGAGCUCCCCCGCCGUUCCUACAGCAUCCACCUGCCACGAUGGCCCCUCCUCCCGAGCCGCACUGGUACGAUCGCAUUCUGGACACCUUGUUGGGGGAAGACGAGACGGCCGCCAAGAACAGAAUUGUCUUGAUCUGCGCGAAGUGCCGGCUUGUCAACGGCCAGGCACCACCAGGAACGAAAUCAUUGGCUGAGAUUGGAAAAUGGAAGUGCAUGGCAUGUGGGGCGACCAAUGGCGAGAUAGACGAGGGGAAGCGCAUCGUGCAGGAGGUACUUGGAGGAAGGGGAACAAAGGCGGACUCCAUUGCCGGAACCACCGAUGAUGAAGGCGGACAGAGCUCCAGCGAGAUUGUCGAGGUAGAGCGGGAUCUGUCCACCGAACCUCAGGAACUGUCCGUGAGGAAGAGAGCGAAGAGGGGGCAGUGGUGA